AUGUCACCUGCGUUGUCUAAAGACGCACAUAGUCCGGUGCGACGGGUGCGCAAAGUGGCGGGCAAGUUCUGGAACAAGGGAACAUAUGGGGCUUGCUCGGAUCAAGUGGAGCAGGAGCGCCGGCGCUCGCAGCUCGAGCAUCGCGGACGGCAAAUACCACGAAAGCGUUGUCUUAGAGACAGAAAAGGCAGAAUAGGGAGGUUUCGGAAACACUAUUUGUCAACUGAAGAGCUUUCACGACUUGCUGCUUACCAAAACUCCGGAACUGAUCUUAGUAUCACGUAUCGUUAUGUCCUGUCACCGAUCUACGCGCGGUUGGUAGAGCUGCUACCAAAGAGCAUCGCGCCCAAUUCCGUGACGCUCGCUGGGUUGGUUUUUACAGUAACAGGGCAUCUCGCGGUCGUCUUCCUUGCCUGCGAUGGAGGUAUACGAGAUAUCAAAUCUCUUGCACAGUGGGUGCUGCACGCAAAACUUGGAUUAACUGGCGAACCAAGCAAUAUUUUGAAACGCUCCCCGAACGAUUCGUAUGUCGUUUCUUCGCUGCUGAGUAUGCCGGAAUCAUGCGCCAGUGGUAGCUCAGCGAGAAUCGCAUAUGGAUUCAGUGCGUUCUGUCUCGGCAUGUAUCAGCUUCUUGACAAUCUGGAUGGUAGGCAAGCCCGCCGGACGGGUUCCUCUUCCCCUCUAGGCCAUUUUUUUGAUCAUGGAUGUGAUGCACUGAAUGUUACAUUUGCCGGCCUCACGUUCGCGCUGACUGCUCAAUUUGGUUGGUCUCUUUGGACGACAGUGCUGCUUCUCUUCGUUGGAAUGAUGCCUUUUUUCUUCGCUACUUUGGAGGAAUAUUUUAGUGGUGCGCUUGUGCUACGCGAGAUUAACGGCCCAAACGAAGGCUUGCUUCUCAUGCAGCUUCUCACGUGGCUGACGGCUAUAUGGGGCCCGGCGUUCUGGAAAAGAUUAGUGGUGGUUCCAGUCUUUCCGAGCAGCAUUUUCUCCAAGCAUAUAUGCUUGCCGUCGGCUGUGAUUUCUAUCCUAAGCAGUGGCGGUUACCUGGAAAUUGCUCUAAGUCGCUCCGAAUGGUCCAUGUAUCAUGAGAUGCUCCGAAAUAGACGAGCGGUUGCCUUACCGCUCAAUCGUCUGUUUUUUCUUUUCACAUUGCUUCCAGUGCUACCCACAGUAAUCUCGAAUUUUAUCACAAUCUUUAGGAACGGCAGUCAACUCUCAGAGUCUCAAAGAAAACUUCGACGGAGGCAUCUCGUUCGUCUCGCGGUGGCCUAUUCUUUUCCAUUUUUUACGCUAGCCAUUGCGAUGAUUGGCUGGCCAUUGUGCUCGCCCGCUGUGGUGCUUGCCAAUGGACUAUUGUAUCAUUGGCUCUGCGGGUUGACCUUUUUUUACAUCUGUAGCAGACUGAUACUGGCACAUUUAACAAGUUCAGUGUAUGGAAGUGCUUUCCCUGCUCUGAUCCCCUUGUGGGCUGGUUUUCUGAACGCUUUACUUGGCCGACCUCUGCCAGAGUUCCUAGUGCUCCUGACGUCAUUUCUCUUCAUUCUGUUCAUAGUGUCGCGUCGCGUUGUUGGGGUGGUCCGCGAAAUAAGCACGUUCUUGGGAAUCCGACCGUUCUCGAUUGUUGGCGCCUCUUCUGAAAGGAUGCACGGUACGGAUAGCCGCUAA